GGCUACUCGUUCCCCCACGACAGGCUCAAGCGCCGCCUGACGCACGCAAACAAGACGCCGCUGGUGCUGGUCUCGUGCGGCAGCUUCUCGCCGCCGACGCUGCUGCACAUGUCCAUGUUCUCCGCGGCCGAGAGCUACGCCCACGGCACCGGCUUCGAGCUGGUCGGCAGCUACAUGAGCCCGUGCAGCGACACGUACGGCAAAAGCUCGCUGGUGCCCGCUCACCACCGCAUCAACAUGUGCCGCCUCGCCAUUGAGCAGACCGGCAGCAACGCCAUGAUCGACGACUGGGAGACGCUGCGCCGCGACGAGGCCGGCCGUCCCGUCUACACCCGCACCGCCGACGUGCUCAAGCGCCUGGACGAGCAGCUCAACGACGUCCUGGGCGGCAUCCAGACCACCGACGGCACCUUUGUGCGGGCUCGCGUGAUGCUGCUCAUCGGGGCCGACCUCGCCCUCACCAUGAGCGACCCCAAGAUCUGGGCGCCCGCCGACAUCGACGUCCUGCUGGGCUACUACGGCGCCUUCAUCGUCGAGCGGCCGGCCCUGUGCGCGACCCAGGCCGCCAUCCAGCCGCUGAGCAAGUACCGCAACAACAUGUUUGUCGUCCCGCCGUCUUUCCAGAACGACGUCUCGUCCACCAAGGCCCGCGCGCAGAUCCGCAACGGCCAGGUCGCACACGAUCUGCCGCGCUCCGUCUACGACUACAUCAAGCUGCACCAUCUGUAC